GGUCAGCCCCCCUAUGAAUAUAAUUUACAUGGCAAUGAAUAUAAUUAUCUCCACAUGGCUCACUCGUUCAGCAAAAUUCUGUCUCUAUGUAAACGACGUGGGUUUCUCCUUGAGCUGCAGCGAAAAUGCAACGGACAGAAGGGCUCCUAUGUCUAUGGUCCUUUAGGCGCGGAGCUAAAGAGGAACAUCAUCACCGAAUGGUGGUAUGCAGUGGUGACUUCCUCCAGUAAUGUGCAUGGAAUCGACUUGAAGACAGUCAUACCGCACGAAAACCUAAAUAUUGCGACUACAGAUAGUGAUGACUUGAUAAAUAGAGAUACCUCAGAGACAACAGAUGAUACACUGUCGUGUGUGUUGGAGACAGCCAAAUGCAUGGACCUUGAGCCUCCAUUUGGCAUAGCACAAGUUGUAGGUUCUAUGUUCAAAGAAGGUCUUCCAUCUACACACCUCCCUCCUGGAUCAUGUGAUGGCGAGACAAUGAAUGUUCAGUUCCUCUGCCCCCCUGUCGAGGAGAGGAGGUGGUUCUCACAGUGGCAGAAGAAGAGACUGAGGUGGUGGAGGAAGUAUUCCAGGAAUCCGGAACGGUUCAGUCUCGGGGAGGGGACUGAGGAGGAUGGAGCCUCCAAACAACAGUGCAGCAUUCAAUACAAUUUUCCAUGGGGUGCUCAAGAUGUGGAGAGCAUUAGUAACCGAGGUGACGUGGAAUGGAGACAGUUAGUCGAUGGAGUAGAGAGGAAUGAAACCCUGCUAAAGAUGGAGAAAGAGAGUCCUUCUUUGCUCUCUAUGGCAUCAGGUGUUGACAGAGCUCUCUGGGCGUACAUGUGUGAUGCUUACAGUGAAGUGGACAGGCCCCAAGCAGCAGUACACACAACAGUACUCAAACUGCAUAUGUCACUAGCCCCAUACAAAGUGGCAGUGCUACCAAAAGACAUAGACAACAGCAAACUAUGCAUGUACUCUCGGUUGUUGAGUGAUGAGCUGAAGCAUGCUGGUAUCCCCACCACCUACUCUGAAGCUGGACCAUUGGACAACAGACUGACUCUGCAAGAUGAGUUGGGCACUCCUUAUCGUGUUAUAACAGAGGCUGGUACUCUAGAGACAGGGAUAGUCACUCUGCAAGGCAGGGACACCACCGGAGAGGAGGAUAUGAAUGGCAAAGACGUUCUACUGUCAAUUCAAAGAAUGCUCUUUGGUGCCAGAAUAAACUAACAGCUAUCAAUAUGGCAUUGUAUUGCUCAACAUGUCAUCAUCAAUCACUACAUGUACAACACCAUCGUUCA